GAGGAUCCCUUGGACCCAGGAGUUGGAGGCAGAGCUCUGCCCGUGUCAGGUGGAGCCAAGGUCUGGGGCAGAAGGAGCAGCCAGGCACCCUGGCCCCCCAGCCCUGAGCACCCCCUCGCCUGCCCACAGCCUGCUCAUCACCUCACUCGGCCACAUCAAGCUCACGGACUUCGGCCUGUCCAAAAUCGGCCUGAUGAGCAUGGCCACCAACCUCUACGAAGGCCACAUCGAGAAGGACGCUCGGGAGUUCAUUGACAAGCAGGUGUGUGGGACGCCGGAAUACAUCGCGCCCGAGGUGAUUUUCCGCCAGGGCUACGGGAAGCCAGUGGACUGGUGGGCCAUGGGCGUCGUUCUCUAUGAGUUUCUGGUGGGCUGCGUGCCUUUCUUCGGAGACACCCCCGAGGAACUCUUCGGUCAGGUGGUCAGCGAUGAGAUCAUGUGGCCAGAUGGGGACGAGGCCCUUCCAGCUGACGCCCAGGACCUCAUCACCAGGUUGCUCCGGCAGAGCCCACUGGACCGUCUGGGCACUGGUGGCACCCACGAGGUGAAGCAGCACCCGUUUUUCCUGGGCCUGGACUGGGCGGGGCUUCUUCGACACAAAGCCGAGUUCGUGCCCCAGCUUGAGGCCGAGGAUGAUACCAGCUACUUUGAUAGUAAGGAGGGGCCCGCGGGGGGGGCUCUGCCAUCCCUCAGUCCCUGGGGGCGGAGGGCUGUAUGCCAGGGGUUCCACCCAAGCCUGGCACCUCACCCUAGGCCUGGAGCUUCCGACUUCCUGAGCCUUCCAAGAAUCUAGGGCACGUGUGUCAGCCGCCCCGGCUAGAUUUCCUGUACGUCUAAGUUCAGGGAGGCCACAGCAUCCCUCAGGCUUCAGAAGGGGAAACCAAGGCACCAAGUGUAGCAGGGCCUUGCCUGGGGUUCCCUUGUCUGGGGUUCCUCCUGGGUGUGUGGCCUUGACCGGGCAUGGGGCCCCAUCUGUCACCCAGGAGAGUAGGGCCCCUCACCCAGCUUUAACGGAGGGGUCCCCACAGGGGCACACUGUAGGUGAGCUCUGAGGAUAACUCUUUCUCUCCCAACUUGGGGGUCCCGCCCUUUAGUGUCCAGCACCUCCUUCAGAACUUGCUUCCUGUCAGAGGUCUUCUCUGAGCUUCUGUUUCUUCUUCUAUACAAUGAGGAACAUCCCUUAUUUUGAGAUGCACAAUUUUGCCUAAUUCUGUGUGACCCGUUUCAAGGAAUCACUGAAGCUCAGAAACGAGA